CUAUACCAUUAUAGCUCUUUAUCAACAAUGAAUUUGUUGAUGCUAAAUCGGGCAAAACCUUCCCCACCUAUAACCCAGCAACCGAAAAAGUGAUUGCUCAAGUAGCAGAAGGUGAUAAGGCUGAUGUUGAUUUGGCUGUAGAGGCUGCCAAGAAAGCUUUCCAUAGGAAUUCGGCAUGGCGUAAAAUGAGUCCUUUGCAGCGUACCGAUUUAAUGAUGAAACUUUGUGAGUUAAUGGACCGUGAAAAGAAUUUAUUGGCCAGUUUGGAAAGUUUAGAUAAUGGCAAACCUUUUGCUGAGGCCUUAUUCGAUGUGGAAAUUUCUAUUAUGACCUUGAAAUACUAUGCCGGCUGGACCGAUAAAUUCUUUGGUGACACUAUUCCUGCUGGUGGUUUUAUUUCGAUGACCAAAAAAGAACCCAUUGGUGUAGUAGGUCAAAUUAUUCCCUGGAAUUAUCCUUUGCUUAUGUUGUCCUGGAAAUGGGGUCCUGCCUUGGCAGUUGGUUGCACUAUUGUCAUGAAGCCCGCUGAACAAACUCCCUUGACCGCUUUGCACAUGGCCGCCUUGGCUAAGGAAGCUGGCUUCCCUGCUGGUGUUAUUAAUAUUAUUACUGGUUAUGGUCCCACUGCUGGAGCUGCCAUCUCUGAGCACCCAGAAAUUCGCAAGGUGGCCUUUACCGGUUCGGUGGAAAUUGGGCGUGUAGUUAUGGAAGCUGCUGCCAAGAGUAAUUUGAAGCGUGUCUCUUUGGAAUUAGGUGGCAAGAGUCCUAUUUUUGUAUUCGACGAUGCUAACGUUGAUUUGGCCGUUGAUAUUUGCCACGAUGCCUUAUUCUCCAAUCAUGGUCAGAGUUGUUGCGCUGGUAGUCGCACUUAUGUCCACGAAAAGAUUUAUGAUGAAUUUGUUGCUAAAGCUGCUGCCAAAGCUAAAGCCCGCAAAGUUGGCAAUCCCUUCGAUAAGUCGGUUUUACAAGGUCCCCAAAUCGAUAACGAGAUGUUGACUAAAGUUUUGGGCUACAUUGAAAGUGGUAAACAGCAAGGCGCUAAAUUACAAUGUGGUGGCAAUCGUAUUGGUGAUGUAGGCUUCUUUGUUGAGCCUACGGUUUUCUCGGAUGUGAAAGAUGAUAUGAAAAUUGCCCAAGAAGAAAUCUUCGGUCCCGUUCAAUCCAUUUUCAAAUUUAGCUCCAUGGAUGAAAUUAUUGAACGUGCUAACAAUGUCAAAUACGGCUUGGCUGCAGGUGUCAUUACCAAUGACAUAAACAAGGCAAUGCAUUUUGCCAAUAAUGUCGAUGCCGGAUCCGUAUGGAUAAAUUGUUACGAUGCUGUUUUGCCACAAACUCCUUUCGGCGGCUACAAACAAUCGGGCAUGGGACGUGAAUUGGGCAAAGAUGGUUUGGAUAAUUAUUUGGAAACUAAAACCAUAACCAUGAAAUUGGUUUAAGGAGAUUGAUCAAGAAGACUGCAAGGGUAAGAAUGUUGUACUCAGAUUUUGAAGCACAAUCAGUAUGCAUUGAAAGAAACAAUAAAACUUCCAUUUACUUUUUAACAA